AUGAGGGGUGAGGACCAGAGGCAGGUGGCGAUCAGCAUGUGCUCGACGCCGGGCGACCGGAGCCUCGCCGGCGUCUCGACUCCGAGAUCGGCGUCCGGCUCCAAGCUGGUGCCGCUCGAGUCCUUGGAGAAGGUGAUGCGCAAGUCGAAGGAUCAAUAUCUACAUCAGCAUGAGCAUGAGCACACUCCAGAAGUGCCACUCGUCAAGAAGGUGGCUGCGGAGUUCAUCGGCACGUUCAUCCUGAUGUUCACGGUGCUGUCCACCAUCGUCAUGGACGCGCAGCACGGCGGCGUGGAGAGCCUCAUCGGCAUCGCCGCCUCGGCCGGCCUCGCGGUGGUCGCCGUGGUGUUCGCCGUCGUGCACAUCUCCGGGUCGCACCUGAACCCGGCGGUGAGCCUCGCCAUGGGCGUGUUCGGCCACCUCCCGCGCGCCCACGUCCUCCCGUACGCGGCGGCGCAGACGCUGGCGUCCGUGGCCGCCGCGUUCCUGGCCAAGGGCAUGUACCGCCCCGCGCAGCCGGAAGUCAUGGCGACGGUGCCUCGCGUCGGAGCCGCGGAGGCGUUCUUCCUGGAGCUGGUGCUGACCUUCGUCCUCAUGUUCGUCAUCACCGCCGUCGCCACCGACCCGACCUCGGAAAGUGCACCUAAAGAGCUGAUCGCCAUCUCGAUCGCGGCGGCAAUAAUGAUGAACGCUCUGGUUGGAGGGCCGUCGACGGGGCCGUCGAUGAACCCUGCGCGGUCGCUUGGGGCGGCGCUGGCGACGGGGAAGUACACGGACAUCUGGAUCUACCUCGUGGCGCCGCCGCUGGGAGCCAUUGCAGGAGCUGGAACCUACACCCUCAUCAAGCCCUGA